GUUUGUUUGUAUCUUUGAGGUAUAGCCUAUGUUUUAGCAGUAGGAGAGAUACUGUACGAAUGCUCGCGCCAAGUGUUUUGUCUUCUGGUGCUGUUUUUACAAUUCUGGAGACUAGAUCUUCAAAUGGGAAAAUAAAAGGAUAUAAAAGGAGUGGGAUGACAGUGAAACUGGGAGACGGCAGCGGGGACGAAGGAGUGAAAAAAUGGGUCAAAAGAACAGCAGGAGGGGAAGAAGUGGAAGCUGGAGACGAAGCUGGCGGAGGAGAGCUGGAAAACGGAGAGUGCAGCAAUACCACAAAGAGAGAAGAAAACAUUAAUUCCUCAUCUUUAUCUCCACAAACUUUACAGCAGGCAUCAUCACCAUGUGUACAACCGUCUUUAAAUCAAGAUCAGCAUCAUUUUCUCAGGUCCAGUGUCAGACCUCCUAGCAAGAGAUUAAGGAAGGAUUCGUUGGCAUCUUCUGCUUCUAGUAGCAACAGCAGUGCUAAAGGGAAAGCUUAUCUUAUUGCAGAUGGUGUUUUGAAAUGA